AUGCCUGCAGAUCCGAGUCCUGCUCCUACCUCUUCCCCAACUUCUCGCCGCCGUGCCGCAACUGCGAUGCAGCCGUCUACAACCCCGGCCGUCAUCUUUCGACGACCAUCUCAGGGAAUGGGCACCCCCGGCAUCUCUCUUCCCCAGAGAACAUAUGAAGGAAGCCCAAUGCCAGGGGCGGGAGAAAACGGUGGUGCAGGAGUAGUGUCACCUCCGCUGCGACAUCCAAAGCCCCUUACGCCAUCCGAUCUCCACUCCUUGGUCGAGCGAGAGCAAGAAGCGAUGGUAAACCGGCUUUCCAGAGAGCUGUCUAUGCUACGCCAGCAAACAGCCUCUGUUGCAUCUACCACCUCCUCCACUUCAACCACGCUCAACGAUCCCUUGGAUGGAUAUCACAGUACACCGUACUUAGUUAGCUCAGCACAUCCGACAGCCUCGCGGCGACAUCGCUCCUCAUCGAGUCUAAGCUCGUCUUAUGUCCCAGUAGUUCAAGGAUCGAGAACAGGAAAUGGGCCUGCAAUUGCACGAUCUCGGGAGCCCAGUUUGUCAUUCCCAUCGGCACGUCCAAACGACCUUUCAAAGCCCGCUCGUGCCUUGUCGACCACAUCGCGGCUGCCGGAUCAAGUCCUGCCGUCCUUGGCUGCAUUGAUACAACCGCAACCACAACAACAGGGCGAGAAUGUGCCAAGCAACGUCCCUGGAUCUCAGAAUGCUCGUCAAAGGUCUUUUUCCCCGCAACAGGUGCCAGCUUCCGGCAAUCCACCUCGCCAGGAAAUACUGGUCCAGCGGGGAGAGUUGGAAGCUAUGAAGCGAGAAAACGAGGCCCUGCGUCGUCGCAUACGGGACCUCGAGCUUGUUGUUAAGAAAUAUCGAGAACGCGAAGUCACCUCUCCAGAACAGCAAACAAACGACCAUGAGACAACACUGAAAUUGGGAAAACUGUCCAUUUCCUCGAGGGACGACGCGAAGGAUGGUCCUUGA